AGUAGACUAACAUGGCGAUGUAUCUUGGUUGUUGAAGAACUGCUGUUUAUUUUGACGUUUGGAACUCACUAAAAUGGAGUGAUAGUUUGUUCUGAGGAAUACUUCAAUAUGGACAAGGUUUAUCUUGACUCUGGCCAUGAGAGUAGUGAGGAUGACUAUGAUGUCGUGGGAGCUGUCCCCCCCAAAAGACCACAGUUAAGACCAAGGCAACCAUCCGAUAGUACCAUUGAUCGAUUUGAGACGUUACAUGUACUUCACUCCUCUGAUGAGGAUGACUUGAAGGGAACAAAAAGAUUCUAUGAGCAGUUGUCCAGUGACGAUUCUGCUAAAAUGAGUGUCGCAGCUCCAAAGAAGCAUGUUAGCAGCAUUCCAAAUGAACUUGAACCUAAUAUUUCAUUUACCAUUGGUAAAGCAAAUAGCCACACAGCCCCUGUCAGUGUGUCACCAAGACCUGAAACAGUUGUCAUGGUAACACCAAACGAGAAUUCAUCUCCUAUAAUGCCGGCAUUAGAUGGAUUUGUUAUGGCGACAUCAACACCUCGGAGGCCACAGCCACGAAUUGACAGCGAGGAACUUAAUUCAGUCAGGAAUGCAGAGCUUGAUGAAUCAAUUGUACAGGAAAUUCCGCAUAAGAGUAUUUUCCUAGCAUCUGAUUCUGAUGACACGGAGUCAGAAAGUGAAGAAUCCGAGGAAUCAGAUCAUUCGCAAAUGGAAGCAUCAAAUGAGGAAGGUCAAUUUGAAAUAGCUUAUAAUAAACCUAGAAUUCCACUUUCUUGUACAAUGCCUGAGCUUGAUCACUCACUGCCACUCAAUGACACCUGGCAGCCCGAGAGAGUUAAUUCGGCAUCGUUAUCAGAACCAUUAAACAGAGCUGCGGAUACGUUUUCAGAGAGAUCAUUUAUGUCUACUAGUAUAUUGCCUCCUCUAUAUGCACAUAUCCUUAAACAAAAGAGUUAUUUGGUUGGAGGUGUUAAGAAUACCGGAUCAUUAUUAGGUACAGAUGAAUUAGAAAAAUAUUUUCCAGAAAGACAAGUCAAGAUAUUUGUGUCUACAUGGAAUAUGCAUGGGGAAAAGUUACUUCCAAGGAAUCUACAUGAUUUACUCCUACCCACAGAUUUAGUUCAAGAUAUCUAUGUUCUUGGUUUGCAGGAAGCUACUCCAUUUACUCAAGAAUGGGAAAUACAACUUCAAGAGAUUUUAGGACCGUCCCAUGUGCUUUUACAUUCUACAGUUUUUGGUGUUUUACAUCUUGCAAUAUAUGUCAGAAGAGAGUACAUCUGGUUUUGUUCUCGUGUUGAGGAAGAUACAGUAGCAACAAGACCAGGGUCUAUGAUUAAAACCAAGGGUGCAAUAGGAUUAUCUUUCAAUUUUUUUGGAACUUCCUUUUUAUUUAUCACGUCUCAUUUUACUUCUGAUGAUGAGAAAGUAAAAGAGAGAAUGGAGGAUUAUAAAAAGAUAUGUGUUGGUCUACAACUGCCAAAAAAUGUACCACUUAUGAAUCAAUACACAACAAAAAGGGAUGUGAUCACCAGGUUUGACCAUGUCUUUUGGUGUGGUGAUUUGAAUUUCCGAAUUAACAAAGAGAUAUCUGAAGUGCAUAGUAUAUUAUCACAACUUAAGAAAGACGGUCAUCCUAACUUCCAGGAGCUGUUGAAGUAUGACCAACUCACUGAGCAGAUGAAAAAAGGUAAUGUGUUCGAAGGAUUUAAGGAAGGACAAAUUGCUUUCUUUCCAACGUACAAAUUUGAUCUGAACAGUGAUACGUAUGAUAGUUCCUCUAAAAAAAGAACUCCAUCUUACACAGAUAGGAUAUUGUACAGAUCUAAGAAACUCAAUGAUGUACAUCUAGAUGUCUAUAACAGCUGUAGCAGUAUAAAAAUAUCAGAUCAUAGAGCAGUGUAUGCAGUAUUUAGUGCUAAGAUACGACCUGGAAAAGAUAGCAUGCCUGUAUCUGGUGGAGUUUUUAACAGAAAUGUGUUUCUAGCAGGUAAUUAUUAA